AUGACACUCCGACCUUGGCUCCUCGCCUCGUCCUUCAUUUCUAUCCUCCUGACAUGGAUCACCUUCCGCCAAUUCAGCCAGGACCUCGCUACCUCCGGCACAUGGGGGUGCGAGAUGAGCUGGAUGACGCCCUCGUAUGUCGAGAUACCGUGGAAGGAGACGCCGAUGCGGCGGUAUAGGCUGUUCUGGUACCGCGAGCAAGGAUGGGAUCAGGAGGAGACGCCGAGCGGUCUUCCUGUCCUCUUCAUCCCUGGAAACGCGGGAUCGUACUCCCAAGUCCGGUCCAUUGCUUCGUCCGCCUCGAGGCAAUUCUACGGAGAGACAAGGGGAGAUGACCUUCCGCCCGGAACGACCAAGCUGGACUUUUUCACCGUCGACCUCAACGAGGAGUUCUCUGCGUUCCACGGUCCCACACUCCGCCAACAAGCAGCCUAUGUCUCCGCCGCCAUCGCCCAUAUCCGCUCCCUCUACCCUCCUAACGCCUCCCAACCGCCCGUCAUCCUCCUCGGUCACUCCAUGGGCGGCAUCGUCGCUCGCCUAGCCGCCAUCUCCCCUGAGGUCGAGGAGGACAGUAUCAGCCUAAUCCUCACGAUGGCGACUCCACAUACGAUAUCGCCCGCCCCACUCGACCUGACCACCGAGAGCAUUUACCGCGAGAUAGCAGAAUGUCAGCUGGCCCGGCCUUCGGCGCUGCUUGUAUCCCUCUGCGGAGGGAUCUCGGACACGCAGGUCGUCUCUGAUACAUGUGCGCUCGGGGCGCCAGACCUGCAGGAGGGAGAUGGAUUUACGGUCUUCACGUCGGGUCUGCCAGGGGCGUGGACGGCGGUAGACCAUCAGGCGAUGGUGUGGUGUCAUCAGAUUCGGUGGGCCGUCGCACGGGCGCUGCUGGAGACUGCGAGUGUGCAGAAUCGGGAGGGGAAGCUAGGAAAGCUCAAGCGGUGGUUGACGGACGAGGUGGCGGAUCGGAAGGUCUCAAACAGAGGAGGGGAGAAGCACAGGAUACCGGUCACCGGGAGGUCGAUGGCUGUGUUAACGAGGUUAGGGCACACAGAUCUGCCCCUGAUAUCUCACUGUCGAUCCGACGGGCAGUGCAAGGAGGUACGAGGGAAUGUGGCUCGUAUACCCUGGCUGCGGGAUGAGACACGGCCGUUUCCUCUUGUCGGAGAAGGCGUGGGUUUGGAAGAUGUCGCCGGCGUACUCGAGGUUCAGCUGGAGUCAGCUAUGGGGUAUCUGGAGCUGGAAGCAUCUGAGGUGCUGGCAUAUGGAUCGUCGCAUCCGAAAAAGCUGCUGGAUGGGUUGAGCUGGGAAGCAGGUGAGUGA